UUUUCUCCCCUGUCCCAGGAGGUCAGCAUGGUGGGAGAAAGGUGCUCCAGGGAGCUCAUGGUGGUAUCCCUGGGCCCACAGUUGAAGGCAGUUCCUGAAGAACUCAUUCGACAGCGCUGUGGACCUUCUUUGUACACUGAGUACCUGGUCAAAUGGAGUGUCUCUAAAUGUAGGGAAGCUGGCAGAGUGGGUGCAGAAGAAGGCAAGGCAGAGUACAUCUUCAUGUGGCUCUCUCCCCUUGAGGUCUAUGCCAACUGCUACAUGCUGAUAAACAAGUGGGCGCUGUCACAGGUAUCCCAGCACGAACCAAUGGGGGGUUCAAGAAGCUUUCUCCACGAUCCAGACAACUUGGCCAUAGGAGAGAUGGAGGCCGACGUGAGGGCACUGGUGCGCAGGGCCACCAGGCAGCUGGCAGAAGGCAGCACGUCAGGCCACACCGCUGCGCUGCUCCACACCGUUCAUGUGCUCAGUGCCUACGCCAGCAUCGGGCCCCUUGCGGGGGUCUUCAGGGAGUCAGGGGCCCUGGACCUGCUAAUGCAGAUGCUCUGCAGCUCUGAGUCUCAGCUCCGCUGCAGUGCAGGCAAGAUGCUUCAGGUCCUCGCAGCCCGUAGCACUGGGAGUCGGGCUCACGUCCUUCUGUCACUGAGCCAGCAAGAUGGCAUCGAGCAACAUAUGGACUUUGACAGCCGCUAUACCUUACUGGAGCUGUUUGCAGAGACCACAUCCUCUGAGGAGCACUGCAUGGCCCUUGAGGGCAUUCAUCUGCCGCAGAUUCCAGGAAAGCUGCUCUUCUCCCUGGUGAAGCAUUACCUGGGUGUUACCUCCUUGCUGGAUGAACUGGAGCGUAGCCCGGAGCCAGGGGCCAGAAAAAAGGGCCGGGGCAAGACCCGGGCGCAGCAGGAGCUGGAGUUCAGCCUGGCUAUGGGCAACCUCAUCUAUGAGCUGAUGCGGAACUUAGGCUGGGCCCGGAACCUGGGCGAAGUGGGCCCGGCCCGGCCUCCGAGGCCCGUCCGCUCCAUCUUUCAGCCCUGCCUGCCAGGGUCCACCCCUCUGCUCCCCACGGUCACAGUCCCUGCCCGGAGGUCAGGGAAGGCCUUCCGCCAGCGCUCUGAGUUCUUCAGCAUGGGUGCGUACGGGCAGUACGUGCAGCGCUUGCUGCAACCAGGCAUGCGCGUGAGGAUGCUGGACAACUUCGAGGCGCUCAGUGCGGGCGACGAGGGCGAGUUUCAGCAGAGCAACAGCAGUGUGCCCCUCGCGCAGGUGUUCUGGCUGUCGACAGGCCGCACCUACUGGGUUCCCUGGUACUUGAUGAGUAUCCUGGGCCCCGAGGAGGUGACGAAGGCUUCACCGGCCUCGAGGCAGGAGUCAGUGACAGCUGUCCUGAGCACAGCACUCCUUCCCUGGGCCUGGAAGCCGGUGGACGGGCUGUGCUCUUUGCCAUAUCUGCAGCCUGAGCCGCAGAGUACUGAGGGGCCUGGGUACCUGAGCCAGGCAGAGUGGUGGCAGCUGCUCUUCUUCAUCAGGAAGUUGGAUGCCUCUGAACAGGAGACAAUUGUCCAGAACCUUCAGAAGAACCGGGAUGAGACCCUGGGUGACGGGGCCCUGGGCGAACUGGCUGUGCCCAUGGAGAUGGCGAAAGGGCUGCUGCAAGUGCUUGAGGAUCGGUUGGAGGGCACCACCCUCAGCGACCUCCUCGGCUCACAGAUCUACGCCAAGUAUGGACACCUGCCCAGUGCGCUAGGCAGCUCACCUUCACCAAGCCACUCCUGUACCUCAGAUCCACAAGAGGAGAGUCAUGCCCAGGCCCCUUCUUCCAAGGGCGAUGAUGCUGAGUCCUCUGCAGCAAAGGCCGAGGACCCGGCAGCAGAGAUAGAGGCUGCUGCUACGGGACAGACUGUGCCUCCCGUGGCGCAGAGUGAUACUCAGCUAUUUGAGCAGCUCGUGGUGUCAGAGGGGAUGACUCUGCCUCCUGAUGUGGAGCUGACUGUCAGUGAAAUGGUCAGAGAUUUCCAAGCUCAUGACUCACACAGCAAGCUGGAUCUGAAUGCGGCAGUCAUAGGGGCCACCUUUAAGAUCUCUUACCCGGACACCAGCACACAGAUAGUAGGACUCUCUGUGCUCUCUCUGGCUAUGGAGGAGGCCACAGACCACGACCGCCCUCUCGUCCAUCUAACUGUGAGGGAGAGCCUCGUGAAGGCUCUGGUGGAGUUGCUGAACAGCCAGGUGGGGAAGAAGAUGGUGGUGGUGCUGGCACUGCGCCUCAUCUACCUGCUCAUGACCAAGCACGAGUGGCGCCCCGUCUUUGACCGUGAGGAUGCUAUCUAUGCCGUGCUGGUGUGCAUGCAAGAGUAUAAGGCUUCCAUCUUGGUACAGCAGGCAGGUCUGGCGGCGUUGAAGAUGCUGGCCGUUGCCAUCACCCCAGAGAGCCCCUCUUUUGUUACGGGCCAAGAGUUUCAUCCCUCCUUGUUUGAUGACCAUAUGAUCAGAGAGAUGUUCGCAAGCAUUGACGAGACCACCCUUCUAGACACUGACAGCUUGCUCAUGACCAUCCCUGCGGCCGUGCUCCUGAUGCUGAACACAGAAGGGUGCUCUUCCGCAGUAAGAAACGGUCUGCUCCUCCUCAACUUGAUUCAGUGCAACCACCCCACUCUGGGGGACCAGAUUAUCACCCAAGAGCUGAGGGACACCUUGUUCAGGGACUCGGGGGUUGCCCCAGGGACAGAGCCUAUGCCCACCACCCGUACCAUCAUUGCGAGGUUGCUCAGACGCUACUCGGCGCCACCAGCCAGUCCCCAGCAUACAGUGCUGAACACCCCCGGAGCCCAGGGCCAGGAUGCUUCGUCCCCGGAGCUGCUGUUCCAUUCCCUUGUUGGGGGCCAAUCUGCCGAGCUCCUCCUGGACCUGGAGCACAAGCUGUGCCAGGAGAGCAGCACAGAGGCAGGGGUCGGGCCUCUCCUUCAGCGCCUCCAGCAAGAGCCCCAGCCCUUUCUCCUGCUGCUGAGGACACUCGAUGCUCCCGGGCCUAACAAAGCGCUGCUCCUGAGGGCUCUGAGGAUCUUGACCCAGCUGCUGGAUCACUCCGAGGCCUUGGGCCUCCCCUGGCAUGAGGUCUUGGAGCCCUGUCUCAGUUACCUGAAUGGCCCCAGCAGUGACUUCGAGAUUGUGAAGGAGCUGCUUGGAUUUCUGCAUCACCUGGCUUCCUCGCACAAAGACUACGCAGUGGUACUCUGCUGUCUGAACGCCAGAGAGGCCCUGUCCAAACUUGAUGGCAAGCAUUCUGCACACGCACUGCAGGCCUCUGAGCUGAAGGAGCUUCUAGCGAGCUGUGAGAAGCAUGCCCAGCUCCACAGUAGCCUCACCUCCAAUAUUCUAGCCGGCUGCAUUCAGAUGGUGCUGGGCCAGAUUGAGGACCACAGACGCACCCUCCGACCCAUCAACAUCCCCUUCUUUGAUGUCUUCCUCAGGCACCUCUGUCAGGGCUCCAGCAUGGAGGUGCAGGAGGACAAAUGCUGGGAGAAGGUGGAGGUGUCCUCCAAUCCGCACCAGGCUGGCAAGCUGACCGACGGCAACCCCAACACCUACUGGGAGUCCAGUGGCAGCACUGGCUCCCACCGCAUCACCCUGCACUUGCGCCGUGGUGUUCUCAUAAGGCAGCUGAUCCUGCUGGUGGCCAGUGAGGACUCAAGCUACAUGCCUGCCAGGGUGGUGGUAUUUGGGGGUCACAGCCCCAGCUGUAUCCACACAGAGCUCAAAAUGGUGAAUGUGCUGCCCUCUGCCAGCCGCGUGAUCCUCCUAGAGAACCUGAAUCGCUUCUGGCCCAUCAUCCAGAUCCGCAUCAAACGCUGCCAGCAGGGCGGCAUUGACACCCGAGUUCGGGGUGUGGAGGUCCUGGGCCCCAAGCCCACUUUCUGGCCAUUGUUCCGGGAGCAGCUGUGCCGUCAUACGUGUCUGUGGUACACCCUUCAGGCACGGUCCUGGAGUCAGGACAUGGCAAUGGACCGAAGGUACCUCCUGCAGCUCUGCCCCAGACUGAACAGGGUUUUACGCCAUGAGCAGAGUUUUGCUGACCGCUUCCUCCCUGAUGAUGAGGCCGCCCAAGCCCUGGGCAAGACCUGCUGGGAGGCGCUGGUCAGCCCCCUGGUGCAGAACAUCACCUCCCCCGGUGCUGACGGCAUCAGCUCCCUGGAGUGGCUUCUGAAUCAGUACCUGGAGCAGUGGGAGAGUUCGUGGAACCCCCUGGGCGAAGAGGCAUCCUUCGCCUCUCGUGUGCGUGGUCUGUGCCACCUGCUGGUGCAUGUGGAGCCUCCCCUGGGACCGUCUCCAGAGCCGCCCACUGGGCCCUUUGGCAAGAACAGUAAGGGGCUGGAGCAGAGCCCUGGCCCCCCACCAACUCUUCCCAGCAGCAGCCUGAAGAACAUCACCCAGUGCUGGCAGAGCGUGGUGCAGGAGCAGGUCAGCCGCUUCCUGGCUGCGGCCUGGAGGGCCUCAGACUUUGUGCCUCGUUACUGCAAACUCUAUGCGCAUCUGCAGAAGGUGGGCUCUGAGCUCUUUGGGCUCCGGGCUGCCUUCACCCUAGCUCUCCGCAGCGGCUUCUCGGGGGCCUUGCUGCAGCAGUCCUUCCUCACCACAGCUCAUAUGAGCGAGCAGUUUGCCAGGCACAUCGACCAGCAGAUUCAGGGAAGCCUCAUGGGUGGAGCUCCUCGUGUGGACAUGCUGGGGCAGCUUCAGCAGCAUCUGGAGCCCAUCAUGGUCCUGUCUGGCCUGGAGCUGGCCACCACCUUUGAGCAUUUCUAUCAACACUACAUGGCGGACCGUCUCCUGGGCAUGGGCUCGAGCUGGCUGGAGGGGGCCGUGCUGGAGCAGAUCGGGCUCUGCUUUCCCAAACGCCUCCCCCAGCAGAUGUUGCAGAAUCUGAGGACCUCCGAGGACCUGGAUCGCCAGUUUUACAUCUACCAGCUCCAGCAGCUUGACAGGCUGAUUCUGGAGCAGGAGGAGGAGAUAGAGGCCCGGAAGAGCCCCAAAGAGGAGGAAGAGGAGAAAGAAGAGGCUAAGGAAGAGCUAUUUUGCAAUGAUCCGAGUCCUAGAGUUUCCAUACUGGUCUUGUCCCCACGUUGCUGGCCAGUCUCCCCUCUCUGCUACCUGUACCAGCCCAGAAAGUGCCUCCCUGCAAGAUUAUGUUCUCUCCUUGACUGCUUCUCCAGUUUCUACAGCCAGAGUCAGAACCAUCAGACCCUGGACGUGGGGCCCCCUCGGCGGCUGCAGUGGACAUGGCUGGGCCGGGCGGAGGUGCAGUUUGGGGACCAGACCUUGCAUGUGUCCACCGUACAGAUGUGGCUGCUGCUGUACUUCAAUGGGAGAGAGGAAGUGUCGGUGGAAACCUUGCUGGAGGAUUCUGACCUCACCCCAGAGCUGCUGCUUCAGGCCCUGCUGCCUCUCACCUCCCACAAUGGCCCUUUGGUCCUGUUCGAGGGCCAGGACCUGCCGCCCAGGGGUGUGCUGAGGCUUCGUGAAUCUGAGCCUCGGCCCAGCGGGAACACGCUGUGGCUGCUGCCUCCACAGAUGUAUUUGAACGUAGAGGAGGACGAGGGCCGAACGCUAGAACAGAAAAGGAACCUUUUAAGCUGUCUACUGGUCCAUAUUCUCAAAGCCCACGGGCAGACGGGCCUCCACAUUGAUCAGCUGGUUUAUCUGGUGCUGGGGGCCUGGCAGAAGGGCCCAAACCCACCUGGCAGCCUGGGUCGCAUGGUGGCUGGGGGCGUGGCCUGCAGUAGCACUGAUGUCCUGUCCUGCAUUCUGCACCUACUGGACCAGGGCUAUGUGAAGCGGCAUAAUGACAGGCCCCAGAUCCUCCUAUUUGCCACCCCAGAGCCUCUCACAGAGCUUUGCCAGGGCCAAGCAGACAUCUUUUGUGGCAAUCAGACCACUAAAGCCUCUAAGCCUAGCCCCAAAGCUGUGGCCGCCCUGGCCUCUCUGCAACUGCCUGCAGGUCUCACCAUGAGCCCUCAGGAGGUGGAAGGGUUGAUGGAGCAGAUGGUGUGCCGGGUGCAGGAGACGCUCAGUCUGGAACCAGACGUGGCACAGCACCUUCUGUCUCAUUCCCACUGGGGGGCUGAGCAGCUGCUGCAGAGCUACAGUGACGACCCUGAGCCACUGCUGCUGGCCGCCGGGCUCAGCGUCCCCAAGGCCACCCCUGCCCCUGCCCGCCCUGACCACUGCCCUGUCUGUGUCAGCCCCCUGGAGACCAGUGACGACUUGCCUACUCUCUGCUGCUCGCAUUUCUGCUGCAAGUCAUGCUGGAAUAAGUACCUGACCACACGGAUUGAGCAGAACCUUGUGCUGCACUGCACCUGCCCCAUCACUGACUGCCCUGCCCAGCCCACCGGGGCCUUCAUCCGGGCAGUCGUCUCCUCGCCAGAGGUCAUCUCCAAGUACGAAAAGGCCCUCCUGCGGAGCUAUGUGGAGAGCUGCUCCAACCUGACGUGGUGCACCAACCCCCAGGGCUGCGACCGCAUCCUUUGCCGCCAGGGCCUGGGCUGCGGGACCACGUGCUCCAAGUGCGGCUGGGCCUCCUGCUUCAACUGCAGCUUCCCUGAGGCUCACUACCCUGCCAGCUGUGGGCACAUGUCUCAGUGGGUCGACGACGGCGGCUACUACGACGGCAUGAGCAUGGAGGCCCAGAGCAAACACCUGGCCAAACUUAUCUCCAAGCGCUGCCCCAGCUGCCAGGCGCCCAUCGAGAAGAACGAGGGGUGUCUGCACAUGACCUGUGCCAAAUGCAAGCAUGGAUUCUGCUGGCGCUGUCUCAGGUCCUGGAAGCCGAAUCAUAAAGACUAUAACAAUUGCUCUGCCAUGGUCAGCAAAGCCGCCCUUCAGGAGAAGAGCUUCCAGGACUAUAAUGAAAAGUGCACAUUCCAUCACCAGGCCCGGGAUUUCGCUGUGAAUCUGCGGAGCCGAAUAGCCGCCAUCCAGGAGGUGCUGCCAGCCAAAUCCUUCACCUUCGUCAACGACGCCUGCCGGGGACUGGAGCAGGCCCGGAAGGUGCUGGCCUACGCCUGCGUGUACAGCUUCUACAACAAGGACGCGGAGCACAUGGACGUGGUGGAGCAGCAGACCGAGAGCCUGGAGCUGCACACCAAUGCCCUGCAGAUCCUCCUGGAGGAGUCCCUCCUGCGGUGCCGAGACCUGGCCGCGUCCCUGCGCCUGCUGCAUGCUGACAGCCUCAACACAGGCCUGGAGCUGCUGCGACGGAUCCAGGAGCGGCUAUUGGCCAUCCUGCGGCAUUCCACCCAGGAUUUCCGCGUGGGCCUCCAGAGCUCAUCCUCAGAGGCCCCAGAGGCAAAGGGCUCCAAUGUGCCGGGCAGUCAGUCGCAGGAUGCCGUGGGCCCCGAGGAGGAAGUGGAGGACUGGCAGCAGGGUGAUUUUGACAGCUUCUCUGAUGACGAGUCAGAAACCCUGGGCCAAGAGGCUUUCUUCUUCGGGGAUGAGGAUGACGAUGAGGAUGACGAUUAUUACGACAUUUUCUACGACUGAGGGGUGGGGUGCAGGGAGCAUUUGGGCCACUCGAGUUCAAGGGGAGCCAUUUCCCAAUAGCACUUUUAUCUGUUUACUCAGUAAACUUCUCUAUUUUCCA